CUGGAAAAGACAGACGCGUGCACACAAAAACACACACCAACCAGCAACAGAUAGCUCAGUGAAGUGAUUGUGUGUGGAUCACUGCAAGGUUAGCUACUCACGAAAAAGGAAGGACUGUGACUUGACUGUGACUGCAGACGACAGCAAGCCUGCACAAUGUCAGACAGACUGAUUGACUUGGAAGAGACUGCAACCCACACAGGGCCAAAAGGAGUCAUAAAUGACUGGAGGCGGUUUAAACUGGAAAGCAUGGAGCAGGAAAAUCUGUCUCCUGCGAAAAAGGAACUGCUGCGACAGAUGUCAUCGCCCAGCAGGCCAAAAGACGACUCCAGAGCAAACCUUAACCGCAAGAUGAGUGUCCAAGAAUAUGAACUGCUUAAAGAGGAGGAUGAAGGAUGUCUGAAGAAAUACAGAAGGCGCUGCAUGCAGGAGAUGCAUGACAAACUCAGCUUCGGACCCAGAUUUGAAGGCGUCCAUGAUCUGGACAGUGGCGAGGCCUUCCUUGAAGUCAUUGAGAAGGAGCAUCACAGCACAGUGGUGGUUGUCCACAUUUUCAAAAUUGGAGUGAAAGGAUGCGAAGAGCUCAACAGCUGCCUUGACUGCCUGGCCACUGAGUACCCAACUGUAAAGUUCUGCAGGAUCGAUGCUGUAGCGUCAGGCGCUGCGGAGCGUUUCUCCGAUGAAUUUUUACCCACUCUGCUCGUCUACAAGGCCGGAGAGCUACUUGGAAACUUCCUUGCCUGCACGCAGCACCUAAAUGAGGAGUUCUUUGCCACAGACGUGGAAGCGUUCCUUAACAGCUACGGCCUGCUGCCAGAGAAGGAGCUGCCGGCGGUGGAGGAUGAGGAAGAAAACGAUGUUGAAUAAACUA